AUGGAAGGUGCAGAUGGAUCACAGAGCAGCAACGGCAGCACUUAUUCCAAUUCAAGCUCUGACGUGCCAACCAAGGAAAAAGUGAGUAAAGUUCUACCCGCGCUUGAUAAUGAUAAUCACCUCCCUGUGUCCAGGGUCACAAAGAUCAUGCGUCGGGCAUUGCCUCCCAAAACCCGUAUUACUAAAGAGGCCAUAGAGGUCAUGCAACAUUGUGCAACAAACUGUAUCCAUUUCGUUACCUCUAACGCAAACAUAGGCUGCAAACAAGACAAUCGCAAGAAAGUCUCUGCCGAAGAUAUCAUUUCGGCAAUAGGCAGGAUAAGGCUUGAGGACUAUGUUGAGCCUUUGACGUCGUAUCUGAACAAAUAUCGUGGCAUGAAACAAGAUCGCGAUGUCGUGCUUACAAGGGGUUCAGGAAAGAAAAGGCAUGCCAUGGAUAUCGAUGACUCCUUAGAGAAUGAUGAUACUGGCGAUAGCAAUGCCAAUCCUAGCAAGGAAGAUGAUGCAGAACCUAGCUCUCUUCACCAGCCUUGGUUGAAAUGA